GAAAAGCACAAUCCACAGAGUGAAUUCACUAUUGAGAACCUGUUGAUCACGGUGCUUGAUUUGUUUGCUGCGGGAACGGAGACGACCAGCACCACCCUGAGAUAUGGGCUCCUGCUCCUGCUGAAGCAUCCUGAGGUCGCAGCUAAAGUGCAGGAGGAGAUUGAGCGUGUGAUUGGCAGACACCGGAGCCCCAGCAUGCAGGACAGGAGCCGCAUGCCCUACACGGACGCUGUCGUACAUGAGAUCCAGAGAUACAUUGACCUCGUCCCUAAUAGUGCGCCCCAUGCAACGCUCUGUGAUGUUAAAUUCAGAAACUACAUCAUCCCCAAGGGCACAAUCGUAUUUCCAUCCCUGAGUUCUGUGCUGAAUGACAACAAAGAAUUCCCCAACCCAAAGGAGUUUGACCCUGCCCACUUCCUGGACAAGAGCGGCAAUUUUAGGAAAAGUGAUUACUUCGUACCUUUCUCAACAGGAAAGCGAGCGUGUGUGGGAGAGGCCCUGGCCCGCAUGGAGCUGUUUCUGUUCCUGACCACCAUCUUACAGAACUUCAAGCUGAAGUCUCAAGUUGACCCAGAGCACAUUGACACCACUCCACUUGUUAGUGGAAUAUCCCGUGUGCCCCGGUUUUACAAGCUCAGCUUCCUUCCUGUCUAAAGAGGGCAGGUCACAGGCCUGCUGCUC